AUGGCGGGUCUCAGCGGCAUGGAGCAGCGGGGUCUCGCCGGUGGGCGUGUGUUGAUGGACGAGUGCGGGAUGGUGGCGUUGUCUGGCAUCAUGGUGGCGUCAACGGCAGCUAGACCGGGCAAGAAGUGGGAGAUUUGGUUUCAUUUAGAAGGAAGAAACCCUGUGAAAAGGGGUAUAUAUGAGUCAGAUAUAUCUUUUCUUACUCUACAAUUACUCAUUGCUAGUGAAGGGUAUGGGGAGAGUGAUUACAUAUACGAUGUGAAGGAGGAGGAAAUUGGAUCUGAAAGAGUAAAGUAUUUAGGUAAUGAAGCUAGUGCUCAUGAAAUGUUGGAGUUUUUUCAUCAUGUCAAGGUUGUGAACAUAAAGGUUGUGAGAAAUGUUGAACCUGGAAUUAGUACACAGGCUAAUGAGAAUUACAUGAACACUCAAGAGAGCUGCUGUGUGAAAAAGGUUGUGGAGCAAUCUGAGCUUCAGAAUCAGAUAGAUGAUAGAAAGGCUCAGCUUGAGAGGAGCAGGAUUCAAAGAGAGGCAGAUUUGAACCACUUUGAAGGAGACACCGAAGUGUUUGAAUUUUGUUCAAAUGAUUCAGUUCAUUCAGAUGGGAGUGCUGAAGCUGUUCAAAUGGAAAUAGAGUGUGCCUCUGAAGAGGACAGAGCAUUGGAAAGUACUGCUAUUGUGAAACAUGUGAAGAGCCCUCGUCCAACUAGCAGAUGUCACAAUGAGGUAGAGAAAAAACGUUUUGAAGAUUGGUUUCCUGAAGCAGAUGAAUUUUGUUUUGCUGGUGAUGUAGGCAUAAGUGAUGAGGAAGAAGAAGAUGAAGUUGAACUACCGUACCUCAUGAAGAAGCCAAAGACAAAGAGUAGUAAGAAAAAGAUGAAGGAAAGGUGUUUACCAGUUCAGAGAAGCAUUAAGGAAUUUUCACAUAAGGACUUUGAGGUCUUUUCACUACCACAGGAACUCCCCAACAAGAAUUAUUCAUCAGCAGAGAACACAAAGGUUACUACUAAGUGGCUUUCAAAAGCAGUUGAGCCUUCUCUUAGAGCAGAUCCUAGAGCACCUGUAGAUGCACUUAUUAAAAACAACAAAGUCAAGUUUUCAAUUGAUGUAUCAAGGAGUGUGGCCUAUAGGGCAAGGAGGAAGGCUAUGAAGGUUGUGCAAGGUGACCAGAAGGAGCAGUACUAUAGAAUGAGGGCCUACCUGCAAGCAGUUAUUGAUACAAACCCUGGUAGCAGGUGUAUAGUUACAACAUUUGAGGACCCAGAAAACCCUACACCAAUUCCUAGAUUUAAGUACAUGUUCUACUGCUUGCAUGCAUCAAAGCAAGGAUUUCUUAAUGGUUGCAGGCCCUUUAUAGGGCUUGAUGGUUGCUUCAUCAAGCUAACCACUGGACAGCAAAUUCUUGCAGCCAUAGGAAGAGAUGGCAACAACAACAUCUACCCCAUAGCCUUUGGUGUGGUUGAUAAGGAAGAUUCAGAGAGUUGGACAUGGUUCCUAACCCAUCUUAGAUGUUGCAUUGGAAGUGGAAGCAAAUUUGGAACCUACACCAUUAUUUCUGACAGGCAAAAGGGUCUUCUUAAGGCUAUAAAUGAGGUGUUCCCUGAUUCCCCUCAGAGAUACUGCCUGAGGCACAUAUAUGCAAAUUUUCAGUCAGCUGGUUUCAGAGGAGCAGAACUAAAGAAGCUAGUAGAUCAGGCUAGCUACUCAUUCACCAAACAUGGCCAUGAAUUAGCAAUGGCAGAGCUUAAAGCAGAUGAGGUUUUCAACAAAAUGAUCCUUGAUGUUAGGGCCAAACCAACUAGGACUAUGUUUGAAGGAAUUAGGACUAAGAAGAUGAUCAAAAGGCAGAUGACUAGGGAAAAGACAGAGACCAGCAGGUGGAUGAUCACACCCAACUAUUCAGAGAAACUGGAUGAGAAUAAGAAGAGGUGGGACAUGACAUGUGUGACAUGCAGUCAUGCAAUAGCAGCAAUGAGCAAGCUUCACAUGCACCCAGAGAACUAUGUGCAUGAAUUUCUCAAAAAACCACUAUAUGUUGAAGAAUACAAAGACAUAGUGUACCCUGUCCCUGGUCCUGAAUCCUGGCCUGACACCCAUACUCAGGAUAUUGAGCCCCCAGUGUUCAAAGAAAAACCAGUGAAGAAACAGACAGCUAGGAGAAAGGGCCAGUUUGAGGUGCCUGCACCAAAGGACACAAGCAGGAUGGGAACAAUUACAUGCAGCAAUUGUGGAGAAUAG